AUGUCAGGCGUGGACAGCAGCCCAGGAGCCACGGGGGAGGAAUCUCUAUCACCACUGGAACAAGAAGUCCUAGAUGAAUACGUGCGACUAGCAGGGAACCUCGGAGAUCUUUCUGCACUCCUGAAUGAUCUCGCUUCGCGUCCCAGCGCAGAAAUUCUGGAUGCGUUGAGAGGACUGGAGAGAAAGACAUCCACGGUGUUUACACUGCUCAAAGCUAGUGUUUACUCUAUUGUUUUGCAGCAGGAGAUUAGAGAUGACGAGGCUGUCUGA